CAUGUGUCAAAGAUUAUACCUGCAGGCACUCCAGAUCCAGAUGCGGAGGUGGUGUCACUUUCACCGAAAACCUUACUGGAAUCGGAUCGUUACAUUUGCGAGAUCUACAACCAAGGGUUUCAGAUAGACCAGAACCUACAGAUGCGCCGGCGGCGGCACAAGGUGCCAUGGAAGCUGCUGAAGCGAGACUCGGUCGUGAAGAAGCGGGUGUUCGUGUGCCCGGAACCAAGCUGCCUGCACCAUGAUCCCUGCCACGCCCUCGGCGAUCUCGUCGGCAUCAAAAAGCAUUUCAGGAGAACCAGCAACCACAAACAGUGGGUUUGUGAUAAGUGCUCAAAAGGGUAUGCAGUUCAAUCAGAUUACAAGGCACAUCUCAAAACCUGCGGCACCAGAGGACAUUCUUGCGACUGCGGCCGUGUUUUCUCUAGGGUUGAGAGUUUCAUAGAGCACCAAGACGCUUGCAACAUGGAUCGUGUGCAGCCGGAACCACAAACGCUGCAACCGGCAGCAUGCCUGUCACGAACGGCUUCAAGCUUGACCCCAACCCGACUGUGCUCCGGGUCCUAG